AAAUCAAAGAACUUCAAGAAAAAAUUAAUGUCAGCACUGAGGACAAAAUACUUAUUGAAAAACUUCAAAAUGAAAAGAAAGAGUUAGAAAAAGAGUUGAAAGACGCGACCGAAGACCUUUUAGAAGCUGAAGACGCAUUGGCUUCUUGUGAUAUCUCCUCGGAACGCCAUUACCACGAAAAGGCAAAAGAGAAAAAUAUUAAUCGCUUGAAAGAAAGUGGCUUUAAAGAAAAAGACAUCGAUGAACUAUGCCAACUUCAAAACGAAAUUACUCGCUUGAAAUUAGAACUAGACGGAAUGAAAAAAACUCCAUUAGCCAUUGAGGGAAGUUCAACCAAUAAACUCUUAAUAGAUUAUCCAGUAUUUUCCCAAGAACUUAAUAGAAAAGUUAAGGAUUUUUUGGAUGCCAAACAAAUCUUUCUAAACGCUCGGGCCAAAACUAUCGAGGAAUUACAACAAUGCCUUAACAAAUUAGAAACUUUCAUUAAUGGCAAAUAUGCGGUAUCGUUAGAAAUAGGUAAUGCGAUUGGUGCAAGCGAAGCGGUUAAAGCCAUUAGUAAUCUUACUCAUAUUGGGAUUUCUAAAAAGAGCAAUAAAGAAUUUCAACUUUCUCUGGGGAAUGAAGAGAACGAAUUAGCCUUAAUGAACGAGGAUUAUAAUUCUUUGCUUAAUUUGCUAGAAAAUAACAAGGAUAUUUUUCACAACGAGAAAAUGGAAAGUGCUAUUAUUUCUUUGAGUGAAAAUUUGGACUUAUUAAAAGGCGAGUUAGAGCAAGAAAAGAAGCAAUGA